AUGUCCAGCAAAACUGACAAUCUCAUAGCUAAUUUUACUCAACAGAGUACCAAGUGUAAUCAAAUGAAUCUCUCCCUUCAGAAAGUCAUGGAAGAAAGUGAUUUGUUGCACAAACGUUAUAAUGAAGUUUUCAUGCACCCAAACUUAUUUUGGGCUCCAAAACUCAAACAGGAAGAGAAGGAGGUCGCUGUGAACAGAAUCCUGCAGUUCGAAAGGCAGGUGUAUGAAAAGCAAAAGCUGGAGCUAGAUAUUGAACAACUUAAAGGCAAACUGGAGGUGGUGAAACACAUCGAAGGAGAGGGUGUUGUGAAGAAAUGUUCUGAGGAGCUGACAUCAGAACUGAAUGAAAGAAUUGAAGAGAUGGAACAUCUGGAAGAUCUCAAUCAAACUCUUGUUGUUAAAGCAAGGAUGGCCAGUGAUGAGAUUUGA